AUGUACUGCACAGAGGCCGCCACGAAUUUGGUUUUCGUUAGAAACUUAAGCGCAAAUCACGUUUACGAUAUUCUUCAUCUGAGUGCGCUGCACAAAGGUCGCCUCAUUUUUCGAUUGGUACGAUGCUCGAGAUAUCGCAGUAUUUACUCACAUAGGAAACCACUCACAAGGUUGCUGAAAAGUGUUUGCCCCAAGAAUGAUGAAACCAGUCGUGGGCUUUCGAAGAGCCUACGUCUAGAUAGAACAGUGCGCUGCACAAAGGUUCGCCUCAUUUUCCAUUGGUACGAUGCUCGAGAUAUCGCA